AUGGCUCCGUCGUCGCACGUGGUCAUCGCGAGCGUUACCGUGUGCGCGGUGGUCGCCAUCGGGGUGUGCUAUCUGUGCAUGCGGAAGAAACGGAGAGACGGUGAUGGGUACGACGGGCCUGGCCAGGCGCCCGCAGGGACAGCGGCUACAGCUGGGGCUGCAGCGGCUGCUAAUGGCGAAACUCGCGUGCCGCUUCUGUUCUCUCAGGACUGGGGCGACGAGAGCGAGGACAUAGAGCAGCAGUCCUUCCCGCCCUCGCAGCCCUCCGCCUCCGCGGACCAGCAAGCAGCGGCGGAAGCAGAGGCAGCAGAGGCAGCGCGGGCAGCGCGGCAGAAGCAGUGGGAGGAGGAGCGGCGGCAGGCGGAGGCAGAGGCGGCAGAGGAGGCAGCAGCGGUGGCUGCUGCGGCGAAUAAACGCGCGAGGAAGGAGGGAGGGGGGAGGCAAGGGAGGGUGAAGUUUGGAGAGUCGACUGUGAGGGAGUAUGAUGCUGGGGAGGGGAUGGAUGGAGAGGGGGACGGAGAGGCUGCUGCUGCUUCUGCUGCUGCGGCUGUUCCUGCUGCUGCUGUCCCUGAUGCUGCAGCUGCUGCAAAAAAGAAGGCUGCUAGGAGGGAAGGCGCCACACUGGUGCUGGAGGUGAUCAGCGGGCCGGCAUCAGGCGGUAGGCUGGUGUUGAAGAAUGAGAAGCUGGAGCCAUGGCCGUCCGCCACCAUAGGGCGGGUGAAGGCCAACGACCUGCAGCUGAACGAUGGGGAGGUGUCCAGCAAGCACGCCUAUGUUACAUGGAACGCCCUGUCGGGGCGGUGGGAGGUGGUGGAUCGCGGGUCGCUCAACGGCACGCUGCUGAACGAUGAGGCCAUCAACGCAGAGGCGGACGAGGAGGGCGAGCGCACGGAGGGGCGGCCGUGCCAGCUGGCUGAUGGGGACGUGAUCACGUGCGGGUCGCAGUCUCGCAUCCUGGUGCGACUAUUGGCGGACACAAGCAAAGUGGAGCACCCGUGCCCCGAUGCCCCGUGUGAAAUCGCCAUAGCAGCCGAUCCCAUGCGGGCGCGCAAGGGAGGCAAGCAGCUGCCCAUGGAGGAUGUGCCUCUGUGCGAGUGGCCACUCAGAGGGUUGCAGGAUAUGGGCAUCUGCUGUGUGUUUGACGGCCAUGCGGGCCGGCAGUGCGCCGACAAUGUGAAGAGAAUCUUCCCAGAAAAGCUUUCUCAAGAGCUGCUGAAGGGCGGAAAGCACGUGGUGGUGCGCAUGAGCUGCAACGCGACCGACGUGCUGCGAGCGGCCUUCAAGGCAACAGAGGAGGAGCUCAAUAACGAGGAUGAGGGCUGCACUGCCACUGUGCUGCUCGUAUGGCGGGCCUUCCAGCCGCCCCACCGCGUGUGGGUGCAGGCAGGCAACCUGGGAGACUCGCACUGCGUGCUGGGCCUGGGCAGUGCGAGCGAGGAGGGUGUGGUGCAGAUGACGGAGGACCAUCGGCUGACAGGCCCUGUGGAGAAGGGGCGUUUGGCGUCCAUUGGCAAGCCCAUGCGCGAUGGGGACACACGGCUGUGCGGCAUGAACAUAGCGCGUGUGUUCGGAGACAAGUUCCUCAAGCAGCAGGACGUGGGACUCUCCUCGGACCCAUUCAUCCAUGCGCCCCUGCAGCUGCCCGUGCCUGAAGAAGGGGGCACGAGCAAGCCCGUCAUUGGCGUCAUUGCCAGUGACGGUUUAUGGGACGUGAUGUCAGUUAAACGAGCCAUUCAAGUGGCACUAGAGGCUCGGAAGGAGCAGGAGGAGGCGGGGGUGGAGGGCAGCGCAGCAGAGGCGAUGGCAAGUGCUCUGGUGGCAAAGGCUCGCACACUGAGGACACACGACAACACCACCGUUGUGGGAAUCGACUUCACUGCCAUGCUGCAGGGCACUGCUUGA